UGGGAGACGCCGCUGGAUGCCCCUCCCUCCCCUCCCCCUGCGCGCUCCCACGGGGGGGGGGUCUAUGGCCGGCAGGCAGACAAGCCCCCCGGCCAGUGUGGCGGGGACACUGGCACACAUUUUUCUGAAACCCCACCUGGCCACUCCCCCCCAUCGCCUACCUCUCGUCUCCUCCGGUUUUGUAGAUUAUCUCCUCCUCCUGAGUUUCGACGUGUCACAAUGACCAAGCUUUACUCCACUGGUGUUUUCGUCGGCCACACCCGCUCCAAGCGCAAGCUCGACCAGAACUUCUCUCUCAUCAAGAUCGACGGUGUUCGCUCCAAGGAGGACACUGACUUCUACCUCGGCAAGCGCGUCGUCCUUGUCUACACCUCCCCCAAGAAGGUCAACGGCACCACCACCAAGCAGGUCUGGGGCCGCAUUGCCCGCUCUCACGGCAACAGCGGUGUCGUUCGCGCCAAGUUCGCCAAGAACCUCCCCUCCAACAAGCUUGGUGCCAAGGUUCGCGUCAUGCUCUUCCCCUCUCGCAUCUAAGCGCCUGGUGGUGUGUGUGUGAAGCACGAUGAGCAUCGGCAUGUGUGUUGACACACGCGCGCGCGCGCGCCGUGCGUGUGUUCUCCCCGUUUCGAUCACAGGCUCGCCUGUGUGGUGUUGCGUGUGCGCGUGCGCCCGCGCGGGGUCCGCAGUGCUGUCUCUCCCCUCUUCGGCACGUUCUUUCUCCCUCUGCCUGUGGAGGAGCGUGCCAACCGAGAGUGCACUCCUCGCGCCCUUGCCGCCGCGUCUGCGCGCAUCCUGAGGAGAGGUGGGAGGACGCCCGUGCGGCUGCGCCCCCCCCUUGCUGCGCGCGUGCGUAUGUCUCUACCAUAUCCAGCUCAGCGUUGUCGCGUGUCAUAUUACAAUCUUCCGUUGUUC